CCUUAAUGCAAGCACUAAGUAAGAAACCUACCUUUCCUCAACUCUUGGGCUUGAGGCUUCUUUUCAAGCUGAAUAGAAAUGGAAGAAGAAGACAGCUGGUAGCGCAGGUUGGAUCAACGCGUAGAUUCCAGCUGUCCUUGUUGAAUGAUCGAGUAGCUUCGACUUCACCUUUUAUCGAAAUUGGGUGGGUGAAUGUUCAGUCUAUCUGAGUAUAAGAUCGAAAAGAAUGAAUGCAUUGAUUGCAUUUCAAGUGAGAUGUCCAAGAGAAAGGGAACGAGGGGAAGAAGCGACGAAGAAAAGAAGUGAAUGAAAAAGCAUGGCAUGACGAGAAUGGAGAAAUUCGAGAUGUUAGAAAGUGCAAAAUCUAUAAUAGCAAAAAUCCGAGAGGAUUACCUCGUUGUUCUUUGUCUCAUAAUAAUUAUUCUGCUUCUGAUCUUCCUAUACUAUUACUUUGACCAAUCUAACAAAUUGGCUUUAGAAUUAAUAAAAAACGAAGACGUCAAAUCUAUCAAAAUCGGUAUGUCAGGUUUAGAAAUUAAAAAGAAAUGAGAACAAGCAUGGCAUGACGAGAAUGGAGAAAUUCGAGAUGUUAGAAGGUGCAAAAUCAAUGGGUGCCGGAGCUGCUACAAUUGCUUCAGCGGGAGCUGCUGUAGGUAUCGGAAACGUAUUCAGUUCAUUAAUUCAUUCCGUGGCAAGAAAUCCAUCAUUGGCAAAACAGUUAUUCGGAUAUGCAAUCCUGGGCUUUGCUCUAACCGAGGCUAUUGCCUUGUUCGCAUUAAUGAUGGCCUUUCUGAUUCUCUUUGUUUUCUAAGUUUAUCCUUUUGAAAGGUGUAGUCUCUCCUACCUGAGGAAGAGGACGAGGCCACCCCCUUUCUUAUUAUUUUAUUAGGGGUGUGGGAAAGGAGAGAGGGAAUGCGGGCUCCU